CCACCACCACCUCCCGCCGUCGAUUUCCCGCCACUCACAUUACAGCCUAAUUCCACCACCACCUCCUCAAUUUUCAAUGAAGACUCUCUCCCCUCUCUUCCUCUUCCUCCUCUUAAUUUCCGCCAAUUCCUUCCUCCCUCCGCCGCCGUCCGCCUCCGCCGCCUACCACGACUACGCCGACGCGCUCGCCAAGUCGAUCCUCUUCUUCGAAGGCCAGCGCUCCGGCUACCUCCCGCCCGACCAGCGCCUCCCCUGGCGCGCCAACUCCGGCCUCUCCGACGGCUGGACCUACAACGCCGACCUCACCGGCGGAUACUACGACGCCGGCGACAACGUCAAGUUCGGGUUCCCCCUCGCGUUCACCACCACGAUGCUCGCCUGGAGUAUAAUCGAGUUCGCCGACGUCAUGCCACCGGCCGAGCUCAGGAACUCGCUCGUCGCCGUGCGGUGGUCCUCCGAUUACCUCCUCAAGUCCGUCUCCCAGCUUCCCAACCGGAUCUUCGUUCAGGUGGGGGAUCCAAAUGCAGACCACAAUUGCUGGGAGAGACCGGAAGAUAUGGACACCCCAAGGACUGUCUACGCCGUGGACGCACCCAACCCGGCAUCCGACGUCGCCGGGGAGACCGCGGCAGCUCUGGCUGCCUCGUCGAUGGCGUUUCGGUCGUCGGACCCCGGUUACGCCGAGACAUUGCUGAGAAACGCAGCCAAGGCUUUCGAAUACGCGGAUACGCAUCGAGGAGCUUAUAGUGACAACGAUAUCAUUAGAGAAGGUGCCUGCCCGUUUUACUGCGACUUUGAUGGCUACCAAGACGAAUUGUUGUGGGGAGCAGCAUGGUUGAGAAGGGCAUCAUCGGAUGACACAUACCUGAAUUACCUACAAGAAAAUGGCAAAACACUUGGAGCUGAAGAUAACAUCAACGAGUUCGGCUGGGAUAAUAAGCAUGCCGGCCUUAACGUUCUCGUCUCUAAGGUACUAAUCGCUCGCUCGUCUCAAGAAGUGCUAGAAAGUAGCAUGGUGACACUCCAAUCCUACAAAGCAUCGGCAGACAGCUUCAUGUGCACAUUAAUCCCACAAUCCUCAUCCUCCCACAUCGACUACACUCCCGGCGGCCUAAUCUACCGCCCCGGCGGCAGCAACCUGCAACACGCCACCACCAUCUCCUUCCUCCUCCUAGCCUACGCCAACUACCUCGAGCGGACCUCUCAGUCUGUCAACUGCGGGAACCUCGACGUCUCCCCUUACGCCCUCCGCUCCCAGGCCAAGAGGCAGGUCGACUACAUCCUCGGCGACAACCCGAAGGGCUUGUCGUACAUGGUCGGGUACAGCGACAACUACCCGCAACGGAUUCACCACCGUGGUUCCUCCUUGCCGUCGGUGAAGGACCACCCGGCGGCGAUCGCUUGUAAAGAAGGUUCGGUUUACUUCAACUCGACCGGUCCGAACCCGAACGUGCUGACCGGUGCGAUCGUGGGCGGACCGAGCGAGGACGACGAGUACCCGGACGACCGGGCCGAUUUCAAGAAGUCCGAGCCCACCACGUAUAUCAAUGCGCCGUUUGUCGGCGUGCUGGCUUAUUUUGCUGCUAAUCCUGAUUUUAGUUGAUAAAUUAGUAGCAGAAAUGGCUUGAUUAAGGGUUAGAUGAAUGCCAAUGUUUUUAUGGGUUGGCAUUUUGAUUUAGGGGAAGGGGAAGAUGAGGGUGGUGUGUGUGUAUUUGUGUGUCUCUCAUCUUUGGGCCAUAAAGGCAAAAAGAGGGUAGAGUGGUAAGAGUCUUUUGUUUGUUGGGCUAGGUAUCACAAGAUCUCCUUGUGAUUUUCCUUUUCUUAUUAGGGGAGAAAAAAUUUGAGGAUAAGGAGAAUUGGGAUAAGGAGUCCCAAUUCUUUUGAGGUGGAGAUUGAAAUUGGAUGCCAUUGAUAUCCCAUUGUUGGCUUCAAAAUGAAAUGAGUAUGCCUCUUUUGUGUUGCUAUCUCCCAAUUGAGUCAUGGUACUCAUACCUCAUUCAUAUUCACCGGUAAGAAUGAGCUCACACGGUGCAGAGUUAUUGAAUCGCGCAUUGGACGCGCUCUGCGAUUGCUGCCUUGUUGGAUAAAUGUGAU